AGAUGGCUCGCUGGGGUCAGGUGGUGUGCAAUGGGUCAGCGGCAGGUGCCAUUGUGUUUAGCAGCAGCGUUUGUUAUCCCGGAGGUCAGUGUCAGAUGAUGUGCUGCUGCGGCCAGUGUCAGAGCCUGAUGCAUUGGGAGAGCUUUGGAGCCAGUUGAUGUGAUGAACCCAGCCUGCACUUUGCAACAUGGAUGGAUACAGCAGCAACGUGCCCGCCUUCCUCACCAAGCUGUGGACUUUGGUGGAAGAUCCUGAGACCAACGACCUGAUCUGUUGGAGCGCGAAUGGGACCAGUUUCCAUGUCUUUGAUCAGGGCAGGUUUGCUAAGGAAGUGCUGCCUAAAUACUUCAAACACAACAACAUGGCCAGCUUCGUGAGGCAGCUAAACAUGUAUGGUUUCCGGAAGGUGGUGAAUAUUGAACAGAGCGGGUUGGUGAAGCCAGAACGGGAUGAUACAGAAUUCCAGCACCUGUAUUUCCUCAGGGGCCAGGAGCACCUGUUGGAGCACAUCAAGAGAAAGGUGUCAGUUGUAAAGAGUGAAGAGACCAAAAUGCGUCAGGAGGAUGUCAGCAAACUGCUGUAUGACAUGCAGUUGAUGCGGGGUCAUCAAGAGAGCAUGGACUGUCGACUGAAGGAUAUGAAACAUCAGAAUGAAGUUCUGUGGCGAGAGGUUGUGUCUCUUCGGCAGAAGCAUAGUCAGCAGCAGAAAGUGAUCAACAAGCUGAUUCAGUUCCUGCUCAGCCAGCUCCAAUCGAACCACAGCGGUAUCGGGCUGAAGAGAAAGCUACCUCUGAUGUUGGAUGACAACGGUUCUUCUCCUGUCACUAAAUAUGGUCGACAUCUAUCAAUAGAACCUCUUCAGGAUCCAUAUUUCAUUCAGUCGCCGUCCACAGAAGCUGCCUUGUGCUCCAGUACCUACACGGACAGCCCAGUCCCUGGAGGGCCAAUCAUUUCCGAUAUCACAGAGCUCCCCCAGCCCAGGGCUGCCACCAUUCAGCCUGCAGGGAAGGAGCAGAGGGGGAAGUGUCUGAUGGCCAUUAAGGAGGAGCCGGCGAGUCCAGGGAUCGGAGUCCAGGUCCAAACAGACUCGAUGGUUCCGGUGAAUUCGUGCUCUGCCUGUCUGGAGCCUCCUGUACUGCCGAUUUCUGUGGUCGAGUCUGUCCUAGAGGGCAGAUCCAGCUGCAACACAAUGCAGCAUACGGAUAGGAGGGGGCAGACAACGGCUGUAGAGAGGAGCGAGGUGUCUGACCACAUGCAGAACAUUGAGAUGAACAUGGAUGGUUUACACUCGCUGCUUGGUGGCCAGCAGUACAGUCUGGAGCAUUCCACCAUCAUGCACAUCUUUAAUCCAAAUCUUCCUCUGAAUGAGCUGAACCUGUCCGAUAUGGAAGCAAACCUUGCAAUGAUACAGAAACUUAUCGUGGAUCCAGAGCUGAGGCCAAUUGAACCGUCCAACAAAGCCCUGAAAUCUGGAGCAAACUCAGGAAAGCCACACCUUCCACAGCAUUUCCUUCCAGAGCCACAUCUUCCGAUCAAUCAGGAACUCUCCAACCUGGACAAUGAUACCGCCCUCUUCGAGCUCACCGAGGAGACCGCUGCCUAUUUCCCAGAUACGGAGGUGGGACAGGAAGAAUUCUGAGGCAAACCACCCAGGUUGUAGCACCUUUGCAAGGCAGUCUCACACCUUCGCUCCCACCGUGAUGUUCACACAAAGCAGAGGUCUUCCAUCAGAAAACAAAAACCUUUCAGAACAUCCAGAGAAUUGUGGAUCCCACCAAGUUGCUGCCCCCAAUGGCACUGGUGAAAAGAACUCACUUUCUUCUCAUCAUCUUCCAAUCUGCACCACCCCUUCCUCUUCACUCCACCCAUCCUGUCACUUCCUCGUCAUUGGGAUUGGAAGAGAUGAAAUCUUGCUGGAAAUUGUAGCUGACACUUGGGGUGGGGCCGAGAGGCAGAAUCUACACAGUGCCUCAAGUAUCUUCACAGGGAAUUAUACUAGAUUGUAUAUGAGCCUGUGGUGGUUCUGUGUCACAGAGCAAAGAUCUCGUCCACAACCACUUUUUGCCUUGUGUGUUACCUAAUCUUUUCAAAUUAUGUUUCAGAAUUCUUGUUUGUGUGUUAGACAUCUACGGACAAAGAUUGGUAAUAAUUUCUGUAUUUGUAUAUUGCAGCACAAUAUUAAUCAGAUUUUGUUUUCAUUCUAUAUACUUGCAAUGGUUAAAAGUGCAAAGCUUGGAAGGUUGGGUUUGAUGUAUUGAUAUUCCAUUUGGAUUAUUUUUGCCCGGGCUAUUGUGAUAAAUCUUUACACAUUCAAUAAAAAAGUUGCAGAAGCUUUUUUUUUAAUGUC